CAUCGACAAGACCGGUCAAGAUGGGUGCCUACAAGUACGUCGAGGCGAUCCACACCAAGAAGCAGUCGGACCUGCUCCGCUUCCUGCUCCGAGUCAGGUGCUGGGAGUACCGCCAGCUCAAUGUGAUCCACAGGGCCUCGAGGCCGUCGCGCCCCGACAAGGCUCGUCGCCUGGGCUACAAGGCCAAGCAGGGAUACGUCAUCUACCGGUGCCGUGUCCGCCGUGGUAACCGCAAGAAGCACGCCCCCAAGGGUGCCACCUACGGCAAGCCCGUUCACCAGGGUGUCAACCACCUCAAGUACCAGAGGAGCUUGAGGAGCAUCGCAGAGGAGCGCGUCGGACGCAAGUGCGGCAACCUCCGAGUGCUCAACAGCUACUGGAUCAACCAGGACGGUGUGUACAAGUACUUUGAGGUUAUCUGCGUCGACCCCUCGCACGCGGCCAUCAGGCGAGACCCUCGCAUCAACUGGAUCGUCAACCCCGUUCACAAGCACCGCGAGUCGCGCGGUCUCACCGCCACGGGCAAGAAGAGCCGAGGCAUGGGCAAGGGCCACCGCUACAACAAGACGUCGCCCGGCAAGAACGCAGUCAUCAGGAGGCGGGACACCCUCCAGCUCCGUCGCUACCGUUGAUCGCCCUUCUUCCCCUUCGCCCCUCGCCCCUUUCUCUUUCCCCCACAACCAUCACAUCAUCAUCCACUUGUAUUGUUCGGUCACGUUCAGACAGCCAUGCCUCUUACAUGAGCAAGCCAAAAUCACUAUGUGGUCCCGAUCUUCGCAUCGGGAUUUCUUCAGUCAUCUUUGCUGUUGAUACAUUAAUGUCGUGGUUACAUGUUGACAAACUCUUCAGCCUCAUCUCUGGUGACACUGGUAGAAGCAGCCGUGUCCUCUUCGUCGGUGAUUAGACUCAGCUCUUCGACGCCUUGGACAAAGUUGUUCCAAAAGUC